UGUGUGUUUGAUAAAACAGAGCAUACAUAUAUACGCCAUGAAAGGGGAGGUGACUGCUUACUAUACACCAACCUUAAAGAAAUCACCUCACCCAAUUUCAUUCUCCAAAAGUAGUAAUAAGAUCUAUCUUGUUCUAUUCAUCACUCUACUUUGUUCACUCUCCUAUUUCAUAGGUCUCUGGCAACGGAACAACGCCGCCGAUAAUUAUAAUCUCCCCUGUCUCACCAAUCAAAACCACACACAUCGCAACCUUGAUUUCUCAACCCAUCACUCCGAUGAAGACGACGACGGUUCUAAUAUCGAUGCCGCCGUUAAAGUCUAUCCCCCCUGCGAUGCCAAGUUUAGCGAGUACACUCCUUGUGAGGACGUUCAGCGAUCGUUGAAAUUCGACAGGGACCGUCUUAUUUACAGAGAGAGGCAUUGCCCGGAGAAGAACGAGCUUCUUAAAUGCAGGAUUCCUGCGCCGUUUGGGUAUAAGAAUCCAUUCAAAUGGCCCCAAAGCCGGGAUCUUGCAUGGUAUGCUAAUGUCCCACAUAAGGAACUCACUGUCGAAAAAGCUGUUCAGAACUGGAUCAGGUACGAGGGUGACCGUUUUAGGUUCCCCGGCGGCGGGACCAUGUUUCCUAACGGAGCGAAUGCAUAUAUUGAUGACAUUGACAAGUUGAUAAAUCUCAAGAAUGGUUCAAUUAGGACAGCGAUUGAUACCGGAUGUGGGGUUGCGAGUUGGGGUUCUUAUCUUCUAUCUAGAGACAUUAUAGCGGUUUCGUUUGCGCCUAGAGACAGCCACGAGGCGCAAGUGCAAUUCGCGCUGGAGCGAGGAGUGCCGGCUCUUAUUGGUGUCAUGGCUUCCAAGAGGCUUCCUUAUCCUUCUAGAGCUUUCGACAUGGCCCAUUGCUCACGCUGCCUCAUUCCUUGGAGCCAAUACGGCGGCGUUUAUUUGAUGGAAGUUGAUCGGGUUCUCAGACCGGGUGGCUACUGGAUUCUGUCCGGUCCCCCAAUUAGGUGGAAUAAGUAUUGGCAAGGCUGGGAAAGAACGGCGGAGGAUCUCAACCAAGAGCAAACCGCGAUUGAGAAGGUCGCCGAGAGCCUCUGCUGGACUAAGUUCGUUGAGAAAGACGAUAUUGCCAUUUGGAGAAAACCCACAAAUCAUCUUCAUUGCAAAACCAAUCGGAAGAUCGCAAAGAAAAGCCCGUCUUUUUGCCCCGCCGGUGACCACGAUAAAGCCUGGUACACAAACAUGGAGACAUGUGUAACUCCUUUACCCGAAGUCUCCACCAGUCAAGAAACUGCUGGCGGGAAAUUAGCGAAAUGGCCGGCCAGGCUGAACGUGAUCCCGCCAAGGGUAAGGCAGGGAACAGUACAAGGGGUGACCGGAGAAAUCUUCCAAGAGGAGAACCAACGAUGGAAGAGGAGAGUUUCUUAUUACAAAACCGUGAACGCUCAAUUGGAGCAGCCGGGUAGGUAUAGGAAUCUACUUGACAUGAACGCUCAUCUUGGCGGUUUCGCAGCCGCUCUGAUCCACGACCCUGUUUGGGUAAUGAAUGUAGUCCCGUCGGAGGCAAAAGUCAAUACACUUGGAGUCGUUUACGAGCGGGGACUGAUUGGGACUUACCACAGCUGGUGCGAAGCCAUGUCGACAUACCCGCGAACGUAUGAUCUUAUUCAUGCGGAUUCGGUAUUCAGUCUAUAUGAUAAAAGAUGUGAAAUGGAAGAUAUAAUACUGGAAAUGGAUAGAAUAUUGAGGCCGGAAGGGAGUGUAAUCAUAAGAGAUGAUGUUGAUAUGUUGGUUAAGUUGAAGAGGAUUACAGAUGGGAUGAAUUGGGAGAGCCAGAUUGUGGAUCAUGAAGAUGGUCCUUUCAACAGAGAAAAGCUUUUCUUUGCAGUCAAGACUUAUUGGACGGCGGAUCCAAGUACAUGAUGAUAAUAAUCUUAGUUUAGUUCUUUUUCCUUAACUAUGUUUCAGUAAUUCUUUCACACCUCUAAUGUUUCAGAACAUGUUCUUUAUAGAAUUUGAUUCAGCCACUACCUUUUCGAUAUUCAACAAACAUAUGUAUGAUGUUCAUCACUCUUUAAGCUUAUAUUACAUGAUAAUUAACUUCUUCUGUACACAGAAAAACCCAAAUAAGUUAACAGUGGAACAC